AUGGACGCCAAGAUCGCCGCCGGCAACCCGCGGUUGACGUCCCUGGCCCCCCGAGACAACUCCGCGCUGCGAGGCGCCACGAUAGCCUUUGCCAACUCUUCUAAUGCGACCAAGAAACGGUCGACGUCUACGGGACAUGCCGUUGCGAGUACUUUGAAUCGAGAUGCCGAUCGCCGACUUGACAUGGACUCUGAACAAGGGCCAGAAGUCGGGUCCGUGAAAGAGAAGAUUGGCAGGUUCACGGCGGGCAGCACCUUGUCACCUCAUCGCAUCCAACCCCGUUCCAAAUCCCCUUCUCCAGGGCAGAUCGCUGCGCGCCUCGCGGUAGAACGAUCGCCUUCACGGGGCUCGGAAAGCGACAUCGCCCAGGCCGCCGCGAACACGAUUGCUGCUCGUACUGCCAGCCGCAAAUCGUCUCAGGCAUUGCGGGAACGAUACGACUUACGAUCACCCAUCCCUCUUCGCCCAAGGGCGUUCGUCCAACAAGACCUAGUCGAUCCAACUUCAAAAGACGACCGAGACGAGCCCGCCGCUUCUGAGUCAUCAUCAGAAGCGGGAGCAGAUGCACCAUACAAGCCUCCUUCUCUUCCAGUACGCGCCGCAGGUGUGCGUCUUUCAACAUCGAGUCCGCAUCCCUCACAACGAUCGGGAAAGUCGGCAAGUUCUAAAAAUGAUGUUAAACUACACGUACCGUCCCGAGCGGCUCUGCCAGUACCAGGGGCUUCAACAAGAACCGCAAAUCCCGGGGACAGACCUUCCAUACGUUCUUCUGCGCCAUGCGGCAACUCCGCCUCCGAGCUCUCCCAAACAAGCAGCUCGACCACGGUGAACGAGUCAAGCAGUAUGGACGAGGAGGCACUUUCAAACGCGAUUGUUGCCUCGUCUCUUGCAUCCGCUCGAGCGUCCCCGGCGACCACGCUAGCCCCCCCUCCGCCUCCCUCAAGACGACGGGCACGAUCCCGAUCAAUACUUACGUUUACCGGCUCGUCUCAUCCUGAACCCUCACGAAGCAUGAGUCCCUCGAAAGGCAUGCUCACAACAUUACGCAGCAGACCGAAAGUCGAGGAAUCCGAGUCCCCGCGCCGCCGCAAAGUCAAUCUGCUCCACAAACAUCCUCACAAACAUCAUGAAGGAGAUCGCAAACGAUGGAGGCGCGAAGUCACUGAGAAAGAACGUAAACGCUACGAAGGAGUCUGGGCAUCUAACCGAGGGCUUUACGUCCCCACGGACCAGGAGCUGACGCGUCACAGAUUCAGCGGUUCUGGCCCGAGGCCAGUUCCCGCCGACAUGGUACUCAAUCUGGUCGCUCGCGAGAUCUGGUCCCGUAGCCGCCUGCCACCCGCAGUGCUAGGUCAGGUGUGGGAUCUCGUUGACAGCCAGCAGAUCGGACUGCUCACCAAAGAGGAAUUCGUGGUCGGGAUGUGGCUCAUCGAUCAACUGCUGGGGGGACACAAACUGCCCUUCAAGAUCCCGGAUACGGUCUGGGAUAGUGUCAGGUUCACGAGUGGCAUCAAGCUCACGUCUGUUGGACUCAAGAGCUGA